UGACAGCGUGCUGCUGAAGAGCUUCAAUUUAAGGUAAGUUUAACAUAAUCAUUCUAUGUGAGCAGGGGCGGACUGACAACUCAUGGGGCCCCCGGGCAAUAGGGGAUCAUGGGGCCCCUGUGCCCCUGCCUAAACUCAAAAAAAGCCUAUGAAAAAGGUACCAGGGGCAUCUCAUGGGGCCCCCUACUGACCCUGGGCCCUUGGGCAGUGCCCGUGUUUCCAAAUGGUCAGUCUGCCCCUGUAUGUGAGCAG